CACAAAAGUGAAUGCUUUUUCCAGUUUCGUACUCUCUUUCACUCACUCGAUCGGCUAUCUUUCAAAAAUAUUCCGUGCUGUGGUGUUAUCGAUACGACUGUUAGUUUAAUUAAAUAUUCCGACUCGAAAGCGAUUUAUUAACAACUGCGUUAAACCAGCUAAUCUCAGUGCUAAGAAAAAAUAACCUGUGUAGUUUUCACAGUUUUUUGUGAAUAAAAACAUUACAUAAUGCCGCUGCUAAGAUUGACAACGGGUACUUUCGGGCAGCUACGCACAUUCGCAACGUCACAGGCCCUUGGAAAGAGAGUGAAGACCUUCGCUGUGUACCGUUGGAACCCUGAUGAGCCCGACAAGAAGCCCUACACCCAGAACUAUGAGGUUGACCUGGACGACUGUGCGCCCAUGGUCCUCGACGCCCUGCUGAAAAUCAAGAAUGAGAUUGACCCGACGCUGACGUUCAGACGCUCCUGUCGCGAGGGUGUGUGCGGAUCAUGCGCGAUGAACAUCGAUGGUGUAAACACGCUCGCGUGCAUCAGCCACAUAGACACUAAUCUUUCCAAGCCUUCAAAGAUCUACCCGUUGCCGCAUAUGUACGUCGUGAAGGAUCUCGUGCCGGACCUCACUAACUUCUACCGCCAGUACCAGUCCAUCGAGCCGUGGCUGCAGCGCGACAAGGAAGCCGUCAAAGGUAAGGAGACCCAGCUGCUGCAGGAUGUGGAGGACCGCGCCAAGCUGGACGGGCUCUACGAGUGCGUGCUGUGCGCGUGCUGCUCCACCUCGUGCCCCUCCUACUGGUGGAACGGUGACAAGUACCUCGGCCCCGCCGUGCUGAUGCAGGCUUACAGAUGGAUCAUCGAUUCUCGUGACGACGCCACUGACAAGCGUCUGUCAAAGCUUAAGGACACAUACUCUGUGUACCGCUGUCAUACCAUCAUGAACUGCACAAGAACAUGCCCCAAAGGCUUGAACCCUGGCCGUGCUAUUGCCCAAAUCAAAACUCUGCUAUCCGGUAUUGUUAAGAAGCAGCCCCCAAUCAUGGACCCUGCAGGUCUGGACAAGCAGGCCGCCCACAACUAGACCCGCUCUUACUGAUACAAGGCUGCUGGGCUUAGUCAGUAAGUUGAUGUACUUAAGUUUGAUCAGGAAUACAACCUCAAUUAAGCUACCUUGUAAUGUUACCACGCAUCUAAAACAGUAAGUAGAGUAGAUUUGUAUCCAACUGUAAGGGUUGUAAAUAUAACACAUAGAGCAGAAAAGUAGUUGCAUUUGUAAUUAAAAAGCAGCUAUUUAUGUCAACUUUUUUUUGAGCAGCAGGAACUGCUUUCAUCCUGACCAAAACUUAUAAUGGAGAAUAUUUUUGAUGUUUAUUGUUGGAAAACAGCUCAUGAAAUGAUUUGAUAGUCUUUUAGCAAAUUUUAGAUAAUUUUCUUUUAAUGAAACUCUUUUGAGCGAGAUAAGGCAGGUCCUGUAAUCAUAAAAAGUUUUUUUUUAUAAAUCUACCAUGAUAACUUGCCAACAGUUAAAAAAUAAAGUUAUACCUCAUUGAUAAAACAAUAUUAACAUUUUGAGUUACUUAUUUUAAAAGAUCUAAAUUAUAAUUCAAGGUAAAUUGAGUACUAUUUACAUAAUUUUGUCUACAUAGACAAUUUUGCUAUGUUAUAUAAAAGCACAGAAUGUGUAGCACAUGAUAAUAUUCUCAAAAUUGUGUCAUCAAUUAAAUUUUGUGUAGGCCAAAGUAGAUAAUUCAAUAGAUUGUAAUAAGCUGACGAGCAUUGCACCUUUUGGCUGCCAUUUCUAAAAAUAUAAAUCCUUUUUCUUAAACCUCUUUAGGAAACUUAUUAGGAAUAUUUUCCUCAAAUCAUAAUGGUGGCAGAUAAAAGGUGAAUGGAAGUUACUCAUGAACCUCUAGUACAAAAUGGACAUUUUCAAUAACACAGAUGAAUGAUUAAUUGUGAAAAUAUUCAAGUAUUAUUGUAGGAAGUAUUUUAAUGUACUGAUGAAACUUCAUUUUUUAAAUUAUUGACCAUCGCAUGUUAUAUUUAUUGUUCAUUUCAUGUGUCAUGAACGCAUUGAAUUGUAUUAAAGUUGUUAAUAAAUAAUCAUUUAAGUAGG